AUGGAACUUGCAAAGGCUUAUAUAGACGAAGAAGUCCUUUCCAGGCCGUCCAGAGCCGAACAAUUGCGGGGUUUCAGGACAGAAUUGUUGGAAGCAAUCAAAAGUAAUAGUUGCAUCGAAGAAAGGGCUAUGGUACAAGCAGCAGAGCACCUCGAUGAAAGAAUGUUCAAACUUUUGCUCUGCCUCGGAAGGGAUAGCGUUUCAGUCACAAAAGAUUUAGUGAAGGCCAUAUCCAAACCCAUAAGAGGCGAUGGAAAGAUGGUUAUCCUAUUGGAAGAAAGAGGAAUGGACAGCGAGAUGACAGAAGAGAUGGUACAAUUCAUCGCCAAGAAUUGUGGCCGGAAUGCAAUGAGGUCAUUGAUGAAGAAACGCAGCGCUGAUUUGAAGAUUAACAGCGAAUUGUUGAAGGGACGAUCGCCGAGGACGGGAAAGCUGUGGAAAAGAUGGAAUCGCUGCUCGAUGCAAGAGGCGCGGAUAUAUGUGUUGAUACCGGAUCGUUGGCGACUAUAG